UGGCAGCAGCAGCCGAGUCCUCCCCUAAAGUGCAGCUUGUUUUUGUUUUUCUUUGCUCUUUUCACAGCACAACUUGUGGGUCAGAGGUCACCUGAGUCGUCGCGGUGGUGGAGUGGACAAACUUUUGUGGGACGUCUGGAGUGUGUGUGCGUGUGCGUCUUCCCCCCCCCUCUGAGGACAUGUGAGGAUGGCCGAGCGCCGGGCUUGCCCCCCUUGACAGGUGACCACUUCUGCAGGUGAGAAACUUCACUCCAUGGAUUUAUUCUUCUUGAAGCAACCACUUACAAGAUAAUGCUGAUGUCAGCACAUGCCUGCUGUCCAGUGGAGCGGUGAGCGAGAAGCUACUUUGCGGUGAAGAAUGGGCGACUGGAGCUUUCUGGGGCGUCUGCUGGAGAAUGCCCAGGAGCACUCCACAGUCAUCGGCAAGGUGUGGCUGACGGUCCUCUUCAUCUUCAGGAUCCUGGUGCUGGGCGCCGCCGCCGAGGACGUGUGGGGCGACGAGCAGUCCGACUUCACGUGCAACACGCAGCAGCCCGGCUGUGAGAACGUGUGCUACGACCAGGCCUUCCCCAUCUCCCACACCCGCUUCUGGGUGCUGCAGAUCAUCUUCGUGUCCACACCCACGCUCAUCUACCUGGGACACGUGCUGCACAUCGUGCGCAUGGAGGAGAAGCGCAAGGAGAAGGAGGAGAACGGGCGCAAAGUCAACCGCUUUCAGGAGAAGGCCCUGUUUUUUAAGGACAGCGAGGACAAUGGCGGGACUAAAAGGGAGAAGCCCCCAAUCAGGGACGAACACGGGAAAAUCCGCAUCCGGGGUGCCUUGCUGCGCACGUACGUGCUCAAUAUCAUCUUCAAGACCCUCUUCGAGGUGGGCUUCAUCCUGGGCCAGUACUUCCUGUACGGCUUCCGGCUGAAGCCGCUCUACAAGUGCGCCCGCUGGCCCUGCCCCAACACCGUGGACUGCUUCAUCUCGCGGCCCACCGAGAAGACCAUUUUUAUCAUUUUCAUGCUUGUGGUGGCGUGCGUGUCGCUUUUCCUCAACUUGUUGGAGAUCUACCACCUGGGCUGGAAGAAGCUCAGGCAGGGCGUGACUACCGGCUUCACGCCGGAGCAAGGGUCGGUGCGCCGGGACCACGCCCAGCCCGGGUGUUCUUCCCCGAGGACCGGGGGAUACCCUUCCAAGUACAUGGACGUGACGGCUGGAAGCGGGGCCUUCCUGCCUCGCGCGCCGCCCACGGGGGCGGAGUUUAAGGUGGGCAACCUCCAGCGGGAGGAGGCCCUCCGCCAGCACAACCCCGCCUCCCACUACUACAUCAGCAACAACAACAACCACCGGUUGGCCGCGCAGCAGAACUGGGCCAACUUGGCCACAGAGCAGCAGACUUUGGAGAUGAAGGCUACCUCCCCCACCCUCUCCUCGUCUUCCUCAUCUGCCGGCACCCAGCUGCCUACUGACGAGGCCCCGCCUCCUUCCUUGAUCAGCACCAGCCCGGCCCCUGGCAGCUGUGCCGAGGGGAAAAGCGAUCCGGAUGAUAACCAUUCCACCACCGCGGUGGUGAUGCACAAGCCUCCGCUAACGGUCACCACGGACCCCCGGCGGCUGAGUCGGGCCAGCAAGAGCAGCAGCGUCCGGGCCCGACCCGAUGACCUGGCGGUAUAAACGUCUGUCCCUUCUAAAGCACGCCGUGGUAGGCGGAGCCAAGGACAUAAUCUGGCGUCAACAUGAAGAUCGGCUUUUCUUCUGGACUAAUUAGCGACGCCUCCUAGAGAGCUCGUGUCGUGACAGGGGGGUUAGACACCCACAAUGCACCUGGCUACGCCCCCUGGGAGGGAGGGGGGGGGGUUAUAACACCCACAAUGCACCUGGCCACACCCCCUGACGUGACGCAAACGUCCACACGGCGGCUGUCGUGAUUGAAGACGUUAGCUGUGUCUCAAAUGAUGUACUUCUGUACUCACACUUAGCAUGUUGAGUGCACUUAGCAUGUUGGGUAUGCUUAUUACAUUGAGUGCACUCAGCAUGUUGAGUGUAUUUGUCAUGUUAAGUGCGCUUAUUAUAUUGAGGGCAUUUAGCUUGUUGAGUGUACUUAGCAUGUUGAAUGCGCUCAAGUGCACUCAACAUGCUACAGUAUACGUGCACUUUGCAUUUUAAGUGCGCAUAGCAUGUUGAGGGCAUUUAACAUGUUGCGUCACUUAGCAUGUUAAGUGCAUUUAGUAUGUUGAAAUGCACUUAAUAAGUGCACUUUGCAUUUUGAGUGCACAUAACAUGAUUAGUGCACUCAGUAUGUUGAGUGCAGUGGGCAUGUUGAGGGCAUUUUGCGUGCGCUUAGCAUGUUAAGUGCAUUUAGUAUGUUGAAAUGCACUUAAUAAGUGCACUUUGCAUUUUGAGUGCACAUGAUUAGUGCACUCAGUAUGUUGAGUGCAGUGGGCAUGUUGAGGGCAUUUUGCGUGCGCUUAGCAUGUUAAUUAUGCUGAGUAUGCUGAGUGCACUUAGUAUGUUGAGUGCACUUAUUAUAUUGAGGGCUUUUAGCUUGUCGAGUGCACUUAGUAUGUUUAAUGUGCUUAAUAAGUGCACUUUGCAUUUUGAGUGCACUCAGUAUGUUGAGUGUACUUUGCAUGUUGACUGUACUUGGCAUGUUGAGGGCAUUUUGCGUGCACUUAGCAUGUUAAUUACGCUGAGUAUGUUGAGUGCACUUAGUAUGUUGAGUAUGUUUAUUAUAUUGAGGGCAUUUAGCUUGUUGAGUGCACUUAGUGUGUUGAAUGUGCUUAAUAAGUGCACUUAGCAUUUUGACUGCACCUAUGAUGAGUGCACUCAGUAUGUUGAGUGCACUUAUUAUAUUGAGGGCAUUUAGCUUGUUGAGUGCACUUAUUAUGUUGAAUGUGAUUAAUAUGUGCACUUUGUAUUUUGAGUGCACUCAGUAUGUUGAGUGUACUUUGCAUGUUGACUGUACUUGGCAUGUUGAGGGCAUUUUGCGUGCACUUAGCAUGUUAAUUACGCUGAGUAGGUUGAGUGCACUUAGUAUGUUGAGUGUGUUUAUUAUAUUGAGGGCAUUUAGCUUGUUGAGUGCACUUAGUGUGUUGAAUGUGCUUAAUAAGUGCACUUAGCCUUUUUAGUGCACAUAUGAUGAGUGCACUCAGUAUGUUGAGUGCACUUAUUAUAUUGAGGGCAUUUAGCUUGUUGAGUGCACUUAUUAUGUUGAAUGUGCUUAAUAAGUGCACUUUGCAUUUUGAGUGCACUCAGUAUGUUGAGUGUACUUUGCAUGUUGACUGUACUUGGCAUGUUGAGGGCAUUUUGCGUGCACUUAGCAUGUUAAUUACGCAGAGUAUGUUGAGUGCACUUAGUAUGUUGAGUGUGUUUAUUAUAUUGAGGGCAUUUAGCUUGUUGAGUGCACUUAGUGUGUUGAAUGUGCUUAAUAAGUGCACUUAGCCUUUUGACUGCACAUAUGAUGAGUGCACUCAGUAUGUUGAGUGCACUUAUUAUAUUGAGGGCAUUUAGCUUGUUGAGUGCACUUAGUAUGUUGAAUGUGCUUAAUAAGUGCACUUUGCAUUUUGAGUGCACUCAGUAUGUUGAGUGUACUUUGCAUGUUGACUGUACUUGGCAUGUUGAGGGCAUUUUGCGUGCACUUAGUAUGUUAAUUACGCUGAGUAUGUUGAGUGCACUUAGUAUGUUGAGUGUGUUUAUUACA